GUGACGGGGCCGCGGGUUGGCUGCCCCGGGCCCGGCCCGGCCUGCCCGGUGCCCGCGCCCGGCAGCCGCGCCCCCGGCCCGAAAUAGCGCGGGGCGGGGUCGGCACCGCCAUGGCGAGGCAACCCGCAAAGACACUGUGGUACGACCGGCCGCGGUACGUGUACCUGGAGUUCUGUGUCGAGGACAGCAGGGACGUGAAGGUCGUCAUCGAGGACCACCGGCUGGUGUUCAGUUGCAAAAAUGCAGACGGUGUGGAGUUCUACAACGAGAUCGACCUGUACGCCAGAGUCAACUCCAAGGACUCACGGGAGAAGCGCUCUGACUGCUCCAUUACGUGCUUUAUGAGGAAGUGGAAGGAGAAAGUGGCCUGGCCACGCAUCACCAAGGAGAACAUCAAGCCAGCCUGGCUCUCCGUGGACUUUGACAACUGGCGAGACUGGGAAGGGGACGAGGAGGUGGAGAGGGCCAUGGUGGAACAGUACGCAGAGAUGCUGGAGAAGGUGACAGACAAAGGCCCCCCGCCAGCCAUGGAUGACCUGGAUUUCACCACCAGGGUGGUGUCGUGCCGGGCGGCGGAGCUGCGGCCCGAGGGCGGCGGGGAGCCGGUGCGCGGGUUCCAGGUGGUGCUGGAGGACACAAUCCUCUUCCCCGAGGGCGGCGGGCAGCCGGAUGAUCGCGGCCUCAUCGGGGACGUGCCGGUGCUGCGCGUGACACGGCGGGGCGCCGAGGCCGUGCAUUUCGUGCCGGCCGCGCUGGAACCGGGCACCGAAGUGCAGCUGUCGCUGGACUGGGAGCGCCGCUUCGACCACAUGCAGCAGCAUUCAGGACAGCAUCUCAUCAGUGCCAUUGCAGAACAGAUGUUUGGAUUCAAGACGACUUCAUGGGAGCUGGGCCGUCAGCGAAGUGUCAUUGAGCUGGACACCCCCUUGGUGACAGCAGAGCAGGUCGAGGCCCUGGAGAAGAGCGUGAACGAGAAAAUCCGGGACAGGGUCCCUGUAACAGUGAGGGAACUGGCUGCAGAUGACCCUGAAGUUGAAACAGUGAGGAGCCGGGGGCUGCCCGAUGACCACGUAGGGCCAGUGCGCGUGGUGGACAUCAAAGACAUCGACUCCAACCUGUGCUGUGGGACUCACGUCUCCAACCUGAGUGACCUCCAGGUUAUUAAACUCCUUGGCGUGGAAAAAGGGAAAAAGAACAAAACCAACUUGGUCUUCUUGGUGGGAAACAGAGUGCUGAAGUCAAUUGAACAAAGUCACAGUACUGAGAAGGCUCUAACCUCCCUGCUCAAAAAUGGACCAGGUGAGCACGUAGAGGCUGUGAAGAGACUGCAGAGCUCUGUGAAACUGCUCCAGAAGAAUAACCUGAACCUGCUUAGAGACAUUGCUGUUUUGAUAGCCCGGGACUUCAAGAGCAAGCCUGCUCCAAAGCAGCUGUUUGUAUUGCACAGGAAAGAGGGCGAUUCUGAAUUUAUGAACAUCAUUGCUAAUGAGAUUGGGACAGAGGAAACCCUGCUAUUCCUGACCGUGGGAGAUGAAAAAGAAGCAGGACUCUUCCUUCUAGCUGGACCUGUUGAAACAGUUGAAAAUUUAGGUCCCAGGGUGGCAGAACUGCUGGGUGGGAAAGGAGCUGGGAAGCGCGGCCGCUUCCAGGGCAAGGCAGCCAAGAUGAGCCGGCGAGGAGAAGUGCAAGCUCUGCUCCAGGAAUUCAUUAGCCAUCAAAACCCGGGAGCAUAAGAAACAAUUCUCAAAGUAGGUUUGUCUUAUAUUUGUUUGCAUAGGCUCCACUAGCUUCUCUACCAGAGAAUAAAGACCUGAACCCAA